AUGGGCGCGUGCUUCGGCAAGAAGCAGCCGAAGCAGCCGGGGCAGUGGCAGGAUGCAGAGGAUGAGAAUUAUGCGAGGCGACUUCAGCAGCAGGAAAUCGAGCUAGCACAAGGCAGAGGUGGUCGAGGUGGAAAUAGAAAAGGCGGCAGAGGAGGCUCACAGCCACUAGGAAAUGGCCAAGUACUUGGUAGUGCUGGGGGUGCGCCGGGCUCACCACAGUCCGCAGAGGAGCGGAGGCGGCUGCAGCUCCAAGCGGCUGAGGCGCGCGCGCGACAGUCCGCGGGACGCGGCGGCGUGAGUGAGAAACGUGCGAAGGAGUUAGAAGAGCAGCAAGUGAAGGAGGAUCUCAUCGGCAAGAUCCAAGCAUACUGCGCGAUGCGGAAAAAAGACGAACCGCUGGGUCUUCGACUCGCCACAGUCGACCAACUGCGGGAUACUCUACGCCAGUUACAAACAGGAGUCUAGGACUAGAUGGAGUUCGUCAUUGCCUCAAGACUAUCGUUGUACAGAGACGCGAAUUCAUUCGCCUGUUCGAAACAGAAACUUGGAGCAGCUAGCUCUGUCUAGGCAGCUUUGUAGUGCGCCGAGAGUACAAUGGCUGAGUCAUGAAAAAUUUAUGAUUUUUGUCGCAAGAAGUCGACCACCAGAAUGUCUACUAAUGAACAACAAUAUGAUUCUAUGUAAAUUAAUACGCAGAAAGAACCAGUGAAUGAUACAAUCCCCUAAACAGAUGAAGCCACUGAAUAAUACCUGCCUUGUCCCCUUCCUCCUAUUGUACUAUCAAGAUCUAUUCCCACUGACGCCUCUAACAACCCUAGUGUCCAUGCCAUUUUUUGCCUCUUUUUCCGAACCUCUCGUGUCCCGUUGUUAUCAAUGUAUGCGAUUAUCUGAUGUUCCUAUCCUAAGACGGUUUCAGGCGAUCCUAUGAUCUCGAG